AUGGUGUGCGUGUGCAAGUUUGUGAGAGCCUUCAGCAGGCGUGUGCGCUUCUGUCUCUAUGCUCCCAGAGACAAUUCUGCUCUCCCUUCGCCUCAGUGCUCCCCUCGGAAGAGGAUUUUUCACUACUGGGUUACUGACUGCUCAUGGCUUGGACAGAGUGUAGACCUGGAUGACCGCCGCAAACCUGAGUUUAGAAGAGUUUUUAGUUCUUCCAUCAUUGAAAAUGGGCAUCAGUCUUCAUCAGGUCAAGCAAAAGUCUCCCAGGAACUGACCUCUUUUCACCUGUCAGACUCUUCCCCCGAAGCCCAUGCCCCUGCAGUCACCUUACAGAUGCCCCACCUUCCUGUUACUGCAGUAACCAGGAUAUCAGAGAAGUUUUCAGGAGAGACCAUCUCUUCAACAGGAGCAACUAAUGCAUCUGCCGGCCUGCUGGGACAGAGCAAGAGCAAAAAUGCGACGGCAGUGAAAACUUCCAACCAGUCAGUGAAGGCCUGGAAUUCAAAUACGGUGAGAACAGUGGGUUCAUCUGCCACUGGAGAGAAUACCACUUCUGUCACUAAGUCUGUCUCAACUGUGAGCUAUGGGACGAGUAGUGGAACCAAAACUGGUGAACGUGCCACUGACAGUUACUGUGAUGGCACCCCCAGCUCUCGCUCCUCUCCUCCCACUGUACAUCGCCACGUUGAAAGGAGGCGAGAACUGGUGCGGUCUCAGACGCUCCCACGGACUUCAGAAACACAGGCCAGGAAAGCGCUUUUUGAGAAAUGGGAACAUGAUGGUGGAAAAGGAAAAGGAGAAUCCAGAGCUAAGCUGAAGAGGUCGCAGAGUUUUGGGGUUGCCAGCGCUAGCAGCAUUAAACAAAUUCUGUUAGACUGGUGUCGCUCAAAAACCAUAGGAUACAAGCACAUUGAUCUCCAGAACUUCUCCUCAAGCUGGAAUGAUGGGAUGGCAUUCUGUGCUCUUGUGCAUUCUUUCUUUCCUGAAGCUUUUGAUUAUAAUGAGCUUGACCCAGCUAAUCGCAAGCAGAACUUUGAGCUGGCCUUCACCAUGGCUGAGAAAAUGGCUCACUGUGAUCGUCUGAUAGAAGUGGAUGACAUGAUGGUGAUGGGUCGCAAGCCAGAUCCCAUGUGUGUCUUCACCUAUGUCCAGUCUCUAUACAAUCAUCUACGACGCUUUGAAUAAAACCAUCGAUGCCUCUCCAGCCAGAAGGGUCAAGUACAGUAUGCUAAUGGAAAAAGUGACAUUUUGCAAAUGGAAUGCAGUGUUAUUUCUUGCUUUCUACUGUUCCUUUGCCUACAUUCAACUGCGUGGCUGGCUGACUGAAGUGUUGCUGAGCAGCGCCCCAAAGUGUUGAUCACAUCAGCAUGUCUGUAAUACAGAAAUAUGUUUGAAAAAGACAAAAAAAUACAGGGAAAGGCAAAUGCUGUCAUUUUGGUGCUAGUAGUAGGUUGGAUUUUUAAUAUUCUUGUGUUUAAAGAUCACAAGAAGCUAAUUUGCUGCUCCUAUCAGUUAGGCUGGGGACACAGUUUUAUGCAGUGAUAGGUAACUCUGCUAUGAAGGUGUUCUCUCUUAAAAUGCAGGUAAAACUCCAGAAGAUAGCACCGUCAGUUCCACUUCUCUGUUGAGCAUAGCACAAAAGAAAUAGCAGAUGGAUGAGGAAAAUUCCAUCUGGCAAAUAACAACCUAGAGUACUCAACCACUAGGGCAAUAUUGCCUCUCCUCCAACCCUACCCCCCACUCCAGCAUACAUGCAUGCACACACACACAUAUCAAACAGGUAUUGUUCUAUUCUCUUAAAGCAGAAAGAGAACAUUGCCUCUUACAUGCUGACUGGGGUGACAGAUAACUACCAUGUUACACAACAGUGUUUGUAAUGGUCCAAUGUAAAGUGAUUUGCUUAGAGGCUUGCUAAAGCCUCUGCUGGCAGUCUGGAUUAAUUUCUUGAUCAUGAUGAAUAGCAGCAGCUGGGGCUGUUCUAUGUAUAAGAUUGUGUGUUCUCAUGAUUUAGGAUUACAGCAAAGGGGGGCUAGCAAGGUACAAAAUCCUCUGGACAGCUGUAAUAGAAGCAAGAUUGUAGUGUGCCUUGACCUGUGCUCCAGGGGAGAGCAACUCUCCAGUGUGGACAGGAAUGAAGUCUUUACAACUUGCGCAGUCCUCAUGGUGACUCUGAGGUGGAGAGGCAAGAUGCCAAAGAAGUAUGAUGAUGUGGGAGUUCUGAAAUGCCUUGGAGUAGCUUCUGUUUUCAGUUAAAUUAGAGUUAAAAAUCACAAUACAGUGGGAUUAUUCAGGACAAAAAGGUCAUGGGUCACCCUUUCUGGUCUUCUCUUUGAUAAAUCAACAGACCUUUGUCUUCACAGUGAAUGUUAAAAACAAAACCACUAGAAAAGCGUACUUAAAAAAAAGCCUUGUAAAAUUAUUUCUUCCCUAAGAACAGGCCCACUGAAAGUAAAAACGGAAAGCCAGGAGCCCUCUGCUCAUGCUAGAGAAUGUUUUUUAACCUGCAUUUGUGCUUUUUGUAGAUAUUUAUAAAGAUUACUUUGGUUCUGUACUGAUGGCCAUUUAUAAUAAAAUAAGUCAAACGCUCUUCAGAUAUACUGCUUCUCUUUAGAAUGAAGUGACAGGUAACAAAGUAAAAUCAGUGAAAAGAACCCAGAGCUUUUGCUUAGAAGAUUUUUGUUCUAGUCAUGAUGUUGCGUGCUCUGAAUUUCAGUUUAAAAAGGUACAGUUGUUCAGUGGCAUUUGGAAUAGGUUUUUAGUUCAGCCUCCCUUUCUAAUGAAGUUUACUUAAGAAACCAUGAAUGAAGCAACCACUUUGUUAGCAGUCUCGGGGGGGGGGGGGGGGGGAGAAACCCCAAAAAAAAACACCAGAAGUAUACAAAGGUAAAGUAUAAGUUAACUGCUGAAGGUCUGGAUCAUCAAGUUGUUUGAAGUGUAGCUAGGCUGCUGCUGUGACACUGUGGAAACAGUUUGGAAAGACUUUUACAUACAUGUCUUAAUGUAAGUACCCGAGAGAUAGUUGUCAAGCAGGAUGCUUGGUAUUGCUAAUCUCACAGCUUUAAUGCAGGUGGACAGAGGUUGGGUGGGCUGUUCAUGCAUGUCAUAUGACUGCCACUGUCCUCAGUUUUUUACUUUAUCUUGAAUGACCAGAAUUCUGAGAAGUGUGCAUGUGUUGCUCCACCAAAUGCACUGCAAGGACAAACACACUGUACUUGUAUUUUGGAGAAGCGAUUAGAGUAAGCAUGAUGCGAAAUCUGUCCACAGCUGGCACACGUGAUACAUGCAUUCACAUUUUUACAGCAGAAUCCUUUUCAUCGACUAGCAGAGUCAGGUUCCAUCAUAGCUACAACAAAAGAGGCAAUACUGCCUUUAUACAUCACAUUUCUUCACAGUCCCAGGUCAUGGAUGCUUUUCCUGUGUGAUGUGAGGGCUAAAGACACAGGUAAGCCCUUGGCCAAUUAAGGCCCAGUAGCAAACAAUUAUAUAAAGGAAGUUUUAGACAGUAAAAUUAUUGCCUUAUUCUCAAGGGGGGUUCAGAUCCUUUCCAUAGUUUAGCUUGUUUUCAUAGCUACCCAGAAGCAAUUUGUACAGGUUUUCUAAAAUCUUCUCACUUCAGAGAGGUGGUAGUAAAGAUACCUGGUACUUGCCAGCAAACUGCAGGGGAGUGGAAGACCAUAAGCUGAUUUUAACUGCUGGUGGUUCAUGCAUGAGAAGAUAAGGGAGAUGGUGCUAUGGCGUAAAUUUAGAAAAACCUACAACUUUGUGCAUUAAGAAGACUGAUCUAUGUGAGUAACCUUGACUAUUAGAUUGUAUGAUUAAAUUGAAAUUAAAGUAGGUAAUGUAUGCCCCCUGCUGGAUUUUUUAGUAUUUUUAGUUAAAAAAAAAUAAAUGCAGAGAGUGUGUGUGUAUAUAUGACAGUGAAUGUGUUUAGCACGAGUGAUAAAGAGAACAAUAUAUUAAGUUGGCAUACUAUGUUUUACACAGAUGGACUGUUUCCUGGCUUUUCUAAUAUUUCUGCACUGUUAUCUAAGGUUGCUUUAUUGGACACUUGAUGCUACUUUUAAAGGCUAGAUCAAUUGGUUCUGUGCAAGAUUUUCCAAAUAAUCUCAGCAGACACAUCACCUACUUUUAAAAGUUAUGUUUGCAUACAGCUUGCCAUGGCAGGGAAGUUCUCGUCCUUGAAAGUACAAUAAUUGGAUGGAUGCCUUUCAUCAGUUCUCCCUUUGUGUAACAUUUCCAAUAAAGCGUUUAAUCUAAACAUGUGCUCAAAACAGUGCGAAUUCUUGGAUAUAUAUGAUUAGAUAUAAAACUAGCCCAUAUGGUUCAACCUGUGUCAUUAAUUUAAAGCUGGCCUGGCUUACAGAGACAGUGUUAAAAGUGUCCCAAAUGAAAGUUGGCAAUGCUUUAUGUAAGGUACCUUUAAAAGCCACUUUUGAUUGUGCUAAAAUAUCUCUAUGUCUAGAUAAAGCCUCAGAAUCAUAGAGCGGUUUGGGUUGGAAUGGACCUUUAAAGGUCAUAUAGCCCAACCCCCCUGCCCUGAACAGGGACAUCUUC